AUGAAUUCCAUCCCGAUCGAUAUCAUUAUCGAGAUACUCUCGAGAUUUCCUGCAAAGACAAUCCAUAGGUUUUGUUGCGUGUCGAAGCUAUGGAGUUCCAUGUUUCACAGUCCAUAUUUCCACGAGUUGUUCUUGAAGUCCUCGGCUCGUCCACGUCUCUUAUUUGCCAUCGAAGAAGCUGGGAUCCCUGAGUUUCGCUUCUUCUCGUCGCCUCAACCUCAUAAUCCAUAUGAGAAUAAGGCGUCUCUUAUAGUUUCCGCCGAUUCUCAUUUGAACAUGCCGUGGAUGCAGUUUGGUGGCUAUGCAUCUGGUUUGAUCUGUCUCAACCGUCUUAUGUCGAUCUCAAAAGGUGUCCAUGAAGCAGAGCACGUCAUAUAUAACCCUAGCACAGGUCAGUGUGCGAGCUUACCUAAACUGACUUGGUACAGUAAGUCAAGAGACGGAAGGCCAAUAAGCUUUUUAGGGUUUGAUCCGAUUGACAAACAAUUCAAGGUGUUGUGCAUGGGUGAUCCAUGUUAUGAUGAUGAUCUAUAUAGAAUUAUGACAUUAGGAACUGAAGAAAUGAGUUGGAGGAAGAUCCAAUGUCCUUUAACCCAUGAUCCUUCCACCGAAAAUGGGAUAUGCAUUGAUGGAGUUUUGUAUUACAUGGCUUAUCAAAUUAAGGAAUUUUCAGUGGUAGUUUGCUUUGAUGUUAAGUCUGAGAAAUACAAAUUCAUUAAGGCAGAAGGAUGCUAUACUGCAAAUUUGAUAAACUAUAAGGGUAAAUUAAGUGGGAUUAGUUGGGAUACUUUUGGUGUUUACUGUGGUAGAAGGCCUGAGCUGCAUAUGUGGGUUCUAGAGGAUGCCGAGAAACAGGAAUUGUCAAAAUAUGUCUACACUUUUCCGAAUGAUAAAUUCGUUGACUGCGAUUAUGAAGUUUACGUGGUUGGAGCUACAGCUACAGGUGAUAUUGUGCUGUCGAUGAGAUAUCCAUGUACUCCAUUUUAUGUUUACUACUUCAAUCCAGAAAGGAACACUCUCCAAUGUGUUGAAAUCGAAGAAGAGGGUUUUGGAGAUGCGUUUUGCAUUUCUAACAAUAAAGUUUACACCUUUCUAGACCAUGUAGAGGAUCUCAAAUUUAAUAUUAUGAAGACAACAAAUGAUGCAACAUCUACAAGCCCUCCAGAAGAGAAGCGUAAAUCCACAAGCACAUCAACAUCAUCUAAAGCUCACAUGCAACAAGAUAUUGGUACGUUUGAGAGCAUUAACAAGUUUGAUGCUCUGCGUCAUUUAGAUGAUGAUUUAUUCACCUGUCUCAAAACCUGA